AUGUCUCGUCAGCCGGGCCCCGAGAGGUGGCUCGCGAGUCGGGUCCAACCCGACUCCGAGUACCCUGCUCGAAUCACCACAAGGCUCUCGUCACUGGACUUGGGCUCCUUGGUUGCCCCGACUUCCAUCAACGUCAGGAAGUCGAUUCCCUCUCCCGGCGGCAGCACGAUCAGCAUGGAAGUUGAUGUGCUUGCAAAGCGCCUCAUCAUCCUGUUCCCGCUUCGCGUUAAGAAGAAUGCGAACACCACCACCGAGAUCCGCCACUUCAAGAUCUUGGCUGAGCUGGCGCAAGCCAAGACCAUCUACAGAACCGCCCAGCAAGAUGGCUGCGAGGUCUUCAUCUUCCCCUUCGCCAUCCCGCCACAAUACUAUUGGUGUGACGACGAAGCUCAGCGGAAUCUCCCCAACACGCGCGCACCUGGCUGGCGUGCCAUCGACAUGUGGCGAAGGGCCACAGACAUCUCUGAGGACACUGCCCUUUCUUUCACUUUUCCCGUGGCUACAGACAGCACCCAUUUGGAUCCUGCUUUCCUCGAGGUUGGCCGCUGGACCGCCUUGCGCGUCGUCCUAAGCAAAGCAGACCACGCCUCCAAGCUGGCUGCUAGCCAUCUUCUACUCGCCUUUGAAGAUCGCAAUAUCAAUCUCCAAGUCCGUGACGACUUUUGCGUCAGCCAUUCUGCGGUGACGAUGUGGGACUUUCUUGACCACCAGCACCAUGUGAGCAGCGAUGGGGAUGCCCUAGCUCUCCUCCAGCCGUCCAAGUUUCCAUUUGUUCACCUGGAGUUUGGAGUCCGAUAUCAGCUUGAGGUCUGCGUUAGCCGUCGAUUGCUCAACGAACACACGGUAUCGUUGGAGUUUUUACAAGGGCUGGCUGCUCUCGAUCCCCUCGACGCCAAACGCAGGCUUGAGUUUCUUGCAGACCAGGGAGAUGUCAUGUACGACCCCAAGGAUCUCCUCAACUGGGCCGCUGCCUCAACCUAUAUGCCCAAUACCAGGAUCCCCCACUAUUGCGUGUUGGCACGCAAAGCCGCCGUCACUCCUACUACCAUCCUCCUCAGCACUCCCGUUGUCGAAACCUCAAAUAGAGUCCUGCGGUAUUUCAACCACAUUCAGGACCGUUUCCUGAGGGUUCAGUUUGUCGAAGAAACCGAAUUUGGCCGGAUGGCCAUGAGCUGCCGCAACAAAGAGGACGUCUGGAAGAAAAUUCUUCGGACCUUGUACCAGGGCAUCCAGAUUGGUGAUCGCCAUUACCAGUUCCUGGCCUUUGGCAGCUCUCAACUCAGACAGUGCGGAGCCUACUUCUUUUGCCCAACAGAUCACAUCUCUUGUGACGACAUCCGUCGGUGGAUGGGCGAGGUCGGCCAUAUCAGAAUCGUUGCCAAGUACGCUGCCAGGCUGGGCCAGUGUUUUUCUACUACAAGAGAGAUGCGCGGCCUUCCCAUUCCCGACGUGCGAUCCAUUCCCGACGUUGAGAGGAAUGGCUACUGCUUUACUGACGGAGUCGGCAUCAUAUCCGACUUCAUGGCCCAGAUGAUUAUGGAAGAGUUGACUCUGGAUGUCUAUGCCGAGCCUUCUGCAUUUCAGUUCCGCAUGGGUGGAUGCAAGGGUGUAUUGGUAGUUUGGCCCCAGGCUACAAAGGGGGAGGUGUGUAUUCGACAGUCUCAGGAGAAGUUCAAGGCCGAAGUCAAGAAUCUUGAAAUCAUCAAGUGCGCCAAAUAUUCAUCCGCCACUCUCAAUCGCCAGACAAUCACCAUUCUGGAAUGCCUUGGUGUGACCAAAAAGGCCUUCUUGGACAUCUUGGAGGAACAAAUUCGUCUCUACGAAGAAGCAAUGGGGAAGAACGAUGUGGCGAUUGAGAUGUUGACCAAUUGCGUCGACGAGAAUCAAUCUACGCUGAUCCUCGCUGAACUUCUGCAAGCCGGCUUCAAAACGGACAAAGUUCAAGAACCCUUUGUGGCAAAUCUCCUGAGUCUUUGGAGGUCUUGGUCCUUGAAGCUGCUCAAAGAGAAGGCUCGCAUUCCCGUCGACAAGAGCGCCUUUGUCCUCGGCUGCGUGGACGAGACAAGUACAUUGAGAGGCCACUUCAUCGCGACGGAAGGCUCUUCGGACAAGGACAUCAGCAAGCUGCCCCAAAUCUUCUUGCAGGUGUCGGACUCCAAGAUUUACAACAAGACACAUGUCGUCAAGGGGCUCUGCGUGGUUGGGCGUAACCCGUCGCUGCAUCCAGGCGACAUCCGGGUCGUUGAGGCUGUCGAUAUCCCCGGCCUUCACCAUCUCAAGGACGUCGUCGUCUUUCCUUCCACAGGAGACCGCCCUGUUCCCAACAUGCUGUCUGGCGGAGACCUCGACGGCGAUGACUUCUUUGUCAUCUGGGAACCCACUCUACUGCCUGAAAUCUGGAAUCACCCGGCCAUGAACUAUACCAGUCCCUCGCCAGAGACGCUUGACCGCGAGGUGAAUGUUGACGAUCUGCGUGACUUCUUUGUCAAAUACAUGAAAAACGACGUGCUCCCCCUGAUUGCAACGGCUCACUUGGCACUUGCAGAUCGUCUUGGGCCCUUGUCAAAAAUCUGUUUGCAUCUGGCUGAUCUUCACUCGCAAGCUGUCGACUACCCAAAGACCGGCCAGCCUGCGGAGUGGAAUGCCGCCAUGCACAACCCGCAGCAGUGGCCGCACUUUAUGGAGAAGAAGAACUCUUACAUUUCGCCCAAGGCCCUUGGAGACAUCUAUAACAGGGUCAAGCAGCAGUCGAUUCAAUUCCAACCAGAUUGGGAGACUGCUUUUGAUCGACGCAUCCUCGACCGCUUCGAGCCGGACAACGCAACGCUCCGGGACGCCAGAAGAAUCAAGUCUCAGUACGAUGGUGCCGUACGUCGCAUCCUCGUGCACCACAACUUGGAGACGGAAUUCGAACUGUAUACCUCCUGGGCCAUGUCAAAGCCCCCGCUCGGCAGCGAGUACAAACGGCAGGAAGACCUCGGCAAAGAGUUUGACGCGGUCAAGCAGAGAUUCCGUGAUGCGUGCAUCGAAGCUGCUGGUGGCCAUGACGAGGCCAAGAUUGACAGAUUCGUGGCAGCCAUGUACAAAAUUACGGAGCAGGAGGUCAAGAUUGCUCUCUUUGAGCAUCACCGCGGACCAACGAACGAGGCUGGUGUGAUGAAACCAGCCCGAGAGCUGCAGGCCAGAUCGAUGCCGCUCAUCAGCUUCCCCUGGAUCUUCCCCUGGGUCAUGAUUCGAAUUGCAACUGAUGGAAAGUGCAAGCCCAAGGACUCUAUCCUCGCCGCGGCUCAUCGAAGAGUGCCUGUCUCUAUGCCCUCUUUUGUCCCUCUCACCCAGCAGGAAGAUGACCAAGGAAUCCGGGAUGUCAAGCCCAAGGAGAGCGCAGCGAAGAAUGACGAGGAGACUGAGAUUCAGGACUCUGAGGAGGGAACUGCAUCACAGCAACCGGGCCUCUUGGUGGAACUCGGUGACUUGGUUCUAUUCUAA